GAAAUUCCGAAGGUCAUGAAGGCGCUGGUUGCACUUGGGGAUGGCAAGGUCGCGGUACAGGACCACCCAGUGCCCGAAGUCGGCGCAGACGACGUGCUCGUCAAAGUCGUCGCCGUCGCGCAGAACCCUACCGACCACAAAUUCAUCGACUCCGGCCGCGCGAAGCCCGGCACGGUCUCCGGGUGCGACUUCUCCGGGACCAUAGUGCAGAUCGGGCCCGCCGCCGCCGCCGCGCACCCGGACCUGCGCGUCGGCGCACAGGUCGCGGGCUUCGUGAUGGGCGGGACGUUUGCGGACUACGGCGCGUUUGCGGAGUACGUGCGCACGCCCGCGGCGCUCGUGUGGCCCGUCCCCGAGGGCACGUUCUCGCACGAGGAGGCUGCGACGUUGGGAUGCGCGUUCUGGACGGCGGUGCAGGCGUUGUACCACCCCACGCGCCUUGCCCUGGUUGAGCCCCCGGAGAAGACGAGCGAGGACGUGUGGCUCUACGUGCACGGCGGAAGCUCGGCCGUCGGGCAAUUUGCUAUCCAGCUCGGCGUGAUCUCGGGGUACAAAGUCGCCACGACCGCCUCCCCACGCAACUUCGACCUCGUACGCUCGCUCGGCGCCUCCGCAGUGUUCGACUACCGCGACGUCGAUGCGGCGGCGAAGCUCAAAGACGCGACGGGCGACAAGAUCCGUGCGGCACUCGACACGAUCGGCACGCGCGAGGCGCAGGCUCUGAGCACGGCCGUCAUCGCACCGGGAGGCGGGAAAGUGGUGCAUAUCAUAAACAUCAUUCCGGACGUGACGGACAGGACGGACGUCGAGCGCAUCUACACGUUGCUGUACUGGGCCCUCGGGCGCGCGUUCAGCUUUGGGCCGACCGCAGACCACCCCGUGCGGCCGGAGGACAGGGCGCACAUGGAGCACUUCUUAACGAAGGUCCCGGGGCUGGUGAAGGCGGGGCAGAUCAGGCCGCUCCCGAUCAAGUUCUUCGAGGGUGGGCUCGCGGCGAUCCCGGAGGGGUUCCAGUAUAUGCGCGAGGGUAAUGUGAGCGCGGAGAAGAUCGUGUACAGGAUUUGAGUGCGGGUUGUGGGAUGGUUGCCAUCAUCUCUGUGGUUGGAUGCGUCAUGCUUGGUAGGUUGGGUCAAAGGGAGGGCACGGGAACCUGUAUGAGUAUGCCGAAAU